AUGUAUAUAAAAUGUUCAGAAGAUCAAAAAAUAAAAAAUUUAUUCAAAUUGUAUGAUUUAAAAAAUUAAAAUGGUAUUGCAAAAACUGAUUUUUUACAAAUGGUAAACUAAUUUUUAUAAAUUUUAGUUGCAUAAUUAUUCUAAAGAAGAAAUAAAAGUUAUUUUAAAUGAUCAAUUAUUUUUAGAAGAAUAAUAAAUCAUAAGUGCUUAUCAUAGAACAAAAAAACUCAAACCUAGAAAAGGAAGUGAGGAUUUACUUAAAAUGUCAUGUAAUUUUAAAUUUACUAAUUAUAGUAUAAAUGUUCAGAAAGUAUAGUAAUAUUUCAGAAAAUAGAGAAUUUAAUCAAAAUGACCAUUAAAAUCAUUUAUAAGUAGAUGGUUUAUAAAGUUUACAUUCAAGAUAAUCAAUUGAUUAAAUUUUUACAUUAGACAGUAAAGCAUAAAUAAAUGGUAUACCAAUGAAAGGAUUUGGGAUAAAUCUAUAAUUUUAAGUAUAUAUAUUAAUUAUAUAAAUCUAUAGGUAAAUGGACAGAAGAUUGAAAUGUAAGCCAAUUUAAAUUUAUUAAUAAAAAAAUAUGUAGAAAUGGUAUAUAAGGCAAAGAAUGACUUACCAAUUAAUUUGGAAGAUUUUACAAGUUUUGUCAAACAACAUCCAAAUUUAAUAACACCUUUAUAUUGUGUAUUCAAUUUUGAUGUUUGGGGUGUAUAGAAUAAUAUACCUAAAUAUAAGAGUUUGUAAAAAAAUUUAAAUAAAUAUAUAGACCAUUAGAUAUUCAAGGAGAAUUAUAUAGAAUUUCAAAGAAGAAUAAAAUAAAAACAAAGUUUUGUUAAUUAUAUCCAAAUACUUUUAUGGAAUUUUAAAAGAAAAAUGAUAAUAAACCUACAAGUAUUUAGGAAUUAUUUAUUAGAAAUUGUUUGUUUAAGUGGAUUAAUUAUUGAAGAAAGAGUUGAUCAUAUUAAUUAAAAGUUUGGAUUUGAAAUUUUCCAUAAGAAUUCACAUUAUAAACAUAAAAUUUAUCAUUGUUCAGAUGAAAUCUCAUAUAGAGAAUGGUAAAGAGCAUUAUCUCUAUAUUUUAAUGGAGAAGUAAAUAAAAAAUAUUCCAUUUUUGAUAAAAUUGGGGAAGGUAAAUACUCAAUAGUUUACAGAUGUUAAUCUAAAAUAGAUAAAUAAUUUUAUGCAUUAAAAAUAAUUAAUAAAAUAAAUCUUCCUCAAGAAGAAUAGGAUAUUGUAAAACAUGAAAUAAGUAUUACAAAAUUAUUAAAUCAUUCUUGUAUAAUAAAAUUGAUUGAUUCUAUUGAGAAUAGAGAUUAAAUUCAUAUUAUUACAGAAUUAAUAGAAGAUGGAGAUUUAUUUGAUUAUGUUUAAAAUAAAUAAUACUUAGAUGAAGGUGAAGCAGCACUAAUAUUUAAUUAAUUACUUGAUGCUCUGUCAUAUAUUCAUUCGAUUGGAAUAGUACACAGAGAUAUAAAACCUGAGAAUAUUUUGAUGAUAUUAGAUAAAAAUACUGUUAAACAAAUUAAAUUAAUUGAUUUUGGUUUAGCUAAUCAUCUUUCUAAAAUACAAAAAAAUAAUGAACAUUAAAAUUAUCAUUGUGGAACUUGUAAUUAUUAAGCACCAGAAAUGUUAUAAUUUUAAGAAAUUACAUAUGCUGUUGAUGUAUUUGCACUUGGAGUCAUAUUGUAUUAUAUGUUAAGUGGAUAUUUGCCAUUUGAUUCUGACAUACCAUAAGAAAUCAUAUAAAAUACUAUUGAUGGUAUAUAUAGUAUGGAAGAUUAUAAUUGGUAAUGUGUAAGCGAAGAGGCAAAAGAUCUGAUAGUAGGAUUAUUACAAAAUUAGCCUAGUAAGAGACUUACUUUAAAAGAGGCUUAAGAACAUAUCUGGAUUAAAAACCAUAUGGCUAAAAAUAAUAAAUGAUGAAUAUAUAUCA